GGUGCAGGUCUGUUGUUUCUCUUACCAGACUCCCAGCCACUGGAAGACAGCCCCAAAGCCCUGCCUGUGCUAGGGGAGCAAUCGAACUUGGAUAAUGACAUAAACGAACCGGUGUUCAUCUGGGGAAUCUCAGACAAAGCAGCCCAGAGGAAAAGCAUCUCUGCUGGUGAAGGUUCGCUUCAUUCGCAACAGGAGAAGCAGCAGCUGCUGGUGCACAGAGCGGGGAGAGGUAAAGGGAGGCUGAGACUGCCGCAUAGGCUACCCUUCAAAGACAGGCAUUUCACCUGCAGCAAAAUAAUAGGAAGGAGGUUCGCUUGCUUUGCGCAGAGGCUGAGCUACAGGAGAAAGCAGAGCCAAUGUGAUUUAUUGAAUGAAAGCACUGGACACUUACCAGCAACUUGUUCCUCUGCUGCCUCGAACAGCUUAAGCUGGAACUGCCGCUUGAAAAUGACCCAACAAAUGCAGAAUUUACACCUUUCUCAGUCAAAAAAACACAGUGCUCCAUCGUCUCCCAAUGCUGCCAAGCGCCUGUACAGGAACCUCUCCGAGAAGCUGAAAGGAAGCCACUCAUCCUUUGAUGAGGCCUAUUUUAGAACCAGAAUGGAUCGGCUGAGUCUCAGAAAGACCUCGGUGAAUUUCCAGGGCAGUGAAGCCAUGUUUGAGGCCGUUGAGCAGCAGGACCUAGAUGCCGUGCAGCUCCUCCUCUACCAGUACACACCAGAAGAACUAGAUCUGAACACACCCAACAGCGAGGGGCUGACACCCCUGGACAUCGCCAUCAUGACUAACAAUGUGCCCAUUGCUCGGAUUCUUCUGCGGACAGGGGCCAGAGAGAGUCCACACUUUGUCAGCCUGGAGAGCCGAGCAAUGCAUCUCAACACACUGGUCCAGGAGGCCCAGGACAGGGUGAGUGAGCUGUCUGCCCAGGUGGAGAAUGAAGGCUUCACUCUGGACAACACAGAGAAGGAGAAGCAGCUGAAGGCAUGGGAGUGGAGGUACCGGCUCUACAGACGCAUGAAAACUGGCUUCGAGCAUGCGCGAGCCCCAGAGGUGCCAGCCAAUGCCUGCCUUAUGGUAACCAGCAGCACGUCACUCACUGUCACCUUCCAGGAGCCCCUCAGUGUCAACGCAGCUGUAGUGACCAGGUACAAAGUGGAAUGGAGCAUGUCUAAAGACUUCUCCCCUUUGGCUGGGGAGAUCAUCAUGGACAGCCUGCAGACCCUGAGGUGCACAAUCACAGGACUCACCACAGGCCAACAGUAUUUUGUUCAAGUCUCAGCUUACAACAUGAAAGGAUGGGGACCAGCUCAGACCACGACACCGGCGUGUGCCUCUCCCUCUAACUGGAAAGACUAUGACGACAGAGAGCCCAGACACAAAGGACAGAGCGAAGUUCUGGAGAGCCUGCUGCAGCAGGUCCGAGCCCUUCAUCAGCAUUACAGCUGCCGGGAAAGUUCAAAGUUGCAAACCACGGGCCGAAAGCAGUCGGUGUCAAGGAGCCUAAAGCACCUAUUUCAUUCCUCAAACAAGUUUGUGAAGACCUUGAAACGAGGACUCUACAUAGCCGUCAUAUUUUAUUAUAAAGACAAUAUGUUAGUCACAAAUGAAGAUCAAAUACCAAUUGUCGAAAUAGACGACUCUCACACCAGCUCUAUUACACAAGAUUUUCUGUGGUUCACGAAGCUGUCUUGUAUGUGGGAAGACAUCAGGUGGCUAAGGCAAAGCGUGCCUAUCUCCAUGUCCUCAUCCACAGUGUUGCAAACUCGCCAGAAGAUGCUCGCUGCCACAGCCCAGCUACAGAACUUACUUGGAACGCACAACUUGGGAAGACUCUACUAUGAACCCAUUAAAGAUCGUCAUGGCAACAUCCUCAUCGUCACCAUCAGAGAAGUGGAGAUGCUUUAUUCUUUUUUUAAUGGCAAAUGGAUGCAGAUCUCAAAACUGCAAAGCCAGAGGAAGUCUCUGUCAACACCCGAGGAGCCAACAGCCUUAGAUAUUUUACUAAUAACCAUCCAGGAUCUUCUCUCCUAUCACAAGAGGAGUCAUCAGCGUCUCCCUCCUGGACUGUAUCUGGGGUACCUAAAGCUAUGUAGCUCUGUGGAUCAGAUCAAAGUGCUCGUAACCCAAAAGUUACCCAACAUUCUCUGCCAUGUGAAGAUCCGUGAAAACAAUAACAUCUCCAAAGAGGAGUGGGAGUGGAUCCAAAAGCUUUCUGGCUCGGAAUCUAUGGAAAGUGUGGAUCAUAAUGCUGACUGCCCCAUGCAAUUGUUCUUCUACGAGCUCCAGAUGGCAGUGAAGGCUCUCCUGAAGCAGAUCAAUAGACCUCUACACCAGGCAAGGAACUUCCGCCUCUACACACAGGAGGUGUUGGAAAUGGGUCACAAUGUGUCCUUUCUUCUCCUGCUCCCUGCCUCAGACGACGUCUGUACAGCCCCAGGACAGAAUAAUCCUUACAGCCCACACUCAGGGUUUCUUAACCUCCCUCUUCAGAUGUUUGAACUCGUUCAUUUUUGCAGCUACAGAGAGAAGUUUAUUAGUCUGUAUUGCCGCCUUUCUGCUGUUGUGGAGCUGGACUCUUUGAACACCCAACAGUCCCUGAGGGAAGCGAUCUCAGACAGCGAGGUUGCAGCUGCCAAACAAAGACACCAGCAAGUGUUGGAUUUCAUUCAGCAAAUUGAUGAGGUCUGGCGUGAAAUGAGGUGGAUCAUGGAUGCUCUACAGUAUGCAAGGUACAAGCAGCCAGUCUCCGGCUUGCCCAUCACUAAGCUGAUAGACCCCUCCAAUGAGCAGCAUCUAAAGAAGAUCAGUUCUACGUCAUCACACAUAGACUGCCUUCCAUCAACAUCCCCAUCCCCAGAGAUGCACAGAAGAAAGACAGUGAGCGAAUCACAGCCCUGCUCUGAUGAAGAAGGCUGCUCGGAAGUCUUCCUCCCCACAGACAGCGACUACGACUCCAGCGACGCCCUGAGCCCACGAGACCUGGACCUGGUUUACCUGUCAUCCCAUGACAUUGCCCAGCAGGCCCUCAGCGGCCUCAGUGGCAGCGCCCCGGAUGUCCUACAGGUGCAUGACAUGAAGGCCACCGUGGGGCCUGGCCAAGACUCUCAGGGCCCGGUGCAGGGCUCAGACACCGACCACUCGUGCGCAGAGUUUCUCCACAGCCUGACCCUCACGGGUUUGGCGCCCAAGAACCAUGCCAAGAUGGUGCCAGGCACGCCGCGACCACCGCUGGGCUUCCUGGGAAAGCGGAAGCCGGGCAAGCACCAGCACUAUGGGGGCUUCAGCCGCCACUACCGCUGGCUGCGCAUGCACAGCGAGACCACGCAGUCGCAGUCGCUGUCGCUCUCUGAAGGUGUUUACACCCAGCACCUGUCUCGGGCCUGCGGACUGGCUCAGGAUCCUGGGGAAGCAGAGGUACCUGGACCUCUGGCGGAUGGACCCCGGGGCCUGCCUCUGGCCCACGCGGCCAGCCUCCCAGAGGAGCACAGGAGCUGCCUCCUCCAGGACCCAAGGCGGUCAGUGCGUAGAGUCUAUGUAGAACCCUAUCCCGACACACUGGGGAGCCAGGACACAAAGCUGUGGACCCGUUUGAGCCCUACCCCUGCGGGCCGUACCAGCCUGCCAAGCUCCACUAGUUCAGAGAUGAGUCCAGACCCCACAUCCCCGGUUUCAGAAAUAUUAAGUAGUAUGCUUUAGGGUGGCCCACACCGGCUAGCUCUU